ACUCAGGUUUGGUUGGGAGUUUAAAGCAUUGACAGCAGCCCUAGGCUCAAGUCUGCAUCCCUCUGUGCCGCGCUUGCAACCUCUGUCUCUCACUCUAUUGCUCUCCCUCUACCUCUGUCUGUUUCUCUAGCCCUCUGACUUGUGGACUCAGGAUCUAGUAGUCGCUCCAUUACUGCAUAGGACAGGCUCUAUCUCAAACUACAGGGGUAACAACUUUCUCAGCUACAUUUCUCUUCUCAGUAGGCGCACUCUAACCAGGCACUAUGGAGGCCAUCAAGAAGAAGAUGCAGAUGCUGAAGCUGGACAAGGAGAACGCCAUCGACCGUGCAGAGCAGGCUGAGACCGACAAGAAGGCAGCAGAGGACAAGUGCAAGCAGCUGGAAGAUGAGCUGCUGAGGCUGCAGAAGAACCUGAAGGGGACUGAAGACGAGCUGGACAAAUACUCUGAGGCCCUCAAAGACGCCCAGGAGAAACUGGAACAGUCUGAGAAGACCGCCGCAGACGCGGAGGGUGAUGUGGCGGGUCUGAACCGCAGGAUCCAGCUGGUGGAGGAAGAGUUGGACCGGGCCCAGGAGAGGCUGGCCACUGCGCUGCAGAAACUGGAGGAGGCCGAGAAGGCUGCGGACGAGAGCGAGAGAGGCAUGAAGGUGAUCGAGAACCGGGCCUCCAAGGACGAGGAGAAGAUGGAGAUGCAGGAGAUGCAGCUAAAGGAGGCCAAACACAUCGCUGAGGAGGCCGACCGCAAAUACGAGGAGGUGGCCCGUAAGCUGGUGAUCCUUGAGGGAGAACUGGAGAGAGCUGAGGAGAGGGCCGAGGUCUCAGAACUUAAAUGCAGUGAUCUGGAGGAGGAGUUGAAAAAUGUGACCAACAACCUAAAAUCCCUAGAAGCCUCAUCUGAGAAGUACUCAGAAAAAGAGGACAAGUAUGAGGAGGAGAUCAAGGUUCUUAGUGACAAGCUGAAGGAGGCUGAGACUCGUGCAGAGUUUGCAGAGAGGACAGUGGCCAAACUGGAAAAGUUCAUUGAUGACCUGGAAGAAAAAUUAGCAGGUGCCAAAGAAGAGAACCUGGGAAUGCAUCAAGUCCUGGAUCAAACACUGCAAGAGCUCAACAGCUUAUAAAGAUGAUGAUGAUGAUGAGGAAGAUGGAGAGGAUAAAAGUCUUGCAACAUUCCAUAAAUAUUACAUUUCAUUUCACAUUUUGAGCUGUAAAGUCUUAUUCCCAGCGAAAGGGGAUUAACUUUACUUGUACCCUUAGUUUUUUCAAACAAAUGAGUCAAGAAUAGAAAAACGACAACUCAUAUUUGAAAUGUGCACUCAAAAGCAUGUUUUGAAAUAGGUUAUGUUAUAUGUAUGGCCUUCAUUUAUGUAUGAUUCAUGAGCUCCACCUAGUUAUUUUUCAAACAGUUGACAGGAAUCAGCUUUUACCAACUGACAUGGUAAUUUAGUGCAUGCACAAUGUAUGUGAACAUAUCCACAGGUUGGACUGUGCCUUUUAAUAAUGAGCCAAUAUUCUACCUUUGGUGUAUAUGUGUGUGUGUUAUCAUGGUCAUUGAGACUAGAGGAAGACUCAUGGAAAGGAUGGUGAACAUGUCUGUGGUGCUACUGGUGGUGCUAAAAUACUGUGACUAUCAUUCAGGUGGAGGGAUUGCCAAAGCGGGGGGGGGAAAAAACAGAAUUGUUUUUAAUGUGAAAAGAGCAUCAUAUACAAAUCUUUCAAGGAACUACAACCCCUCUUCUGACCUAACCUAUUAUCUGUAUGGUCUUAAAGUGCCGCCAUAUGCUGACAUGCAGCUUCAUAGCACCUCCUUUCCACUAUGGCCUGACACGCCUGCCACUAUCCCAGCUCUGCAUUUGACUGCUUAGCCUAGGUGUAAAAUCAUAAUCCUGGUAUUAUAUUGUGGUGGUAGCAUAUUUAGUAAAAGUGAAACUGAAAAAAAGCACCACUGGGGCCUCAAUCAAGGUUAUAAAACAUGGAUACUUAUUGUAUAUAGUAGAAUAAUGUUAGUUAUUGAUGUAUUGCUCCAGUUUUACAAAAGUUUCAGUUAGGGGCACUCUUGAAACCAAAUAAUACACAAACCAGAGAAGGUGAACCGUCAAAAGGUUUUAUUGCUGUCUGUGAAGGUAAUCAAUCAAGGCUUCUCAUCCUUACUUGACUGAGUCUGUGUUGAAAUGUUUCAUUCACUUUUCCCGCUUUCAGUCUAAUAAAUUUUUACACAACAA